AUGCAAAUAGAAUACUUUCUAGAUCUGCUAUUGUCGUUAAUUCAGUGGGCUAGCUCAUCUCAAGGUAACGCACAGAGUCCCGCCACUAUAUUGCUCAGAGAAAAUAGGUUUACUUGAUCAUUUCAAAUUCGUAUUCGAUUUAUAUAUAUAAAAAAAAGCCUUUCAAACUGCUCUGCAUGACAGGCAGGCUGUUUACUGAGUGCACAUUGACUAUGAAAAAUCUGGCGAUUACUUUCAAUUUUAGAAUCGCAUUAAUUUAUUUAUGGUUUUUUUUUUCAUUCACAGCUAUUCUUCGCUUUUUCCCCAUUAAUGGUCCUUCUGACAUAUUUAAAGUAAAUAUAGUAAAUAUUCUCAGACUUUCUCACUGUACGUUCGUCAUGCAUGCAUAUUUUCUUGGGUAAUUUGUUCUUUUGCGCUCUCCGUCAACAUGCACAGUUUUAGCUGGGUUUGAAUACAGAAGAUGACUAUAUUGAUACGCCCACUUAAAAAGCUAAAAAAAGUAAAAAAUGUCAAAAUUGAACAAAGUCUUUGAUUUGUUCGUUCUACUUUUACAGUUUUUUUAUUCAUUCAAUUCUUUCUUCUCCGUCUUCUUCUCAGUCCUCAACCAUAUUACGAUUUUAAUUUCAUUUAUUUAUAAACUGUAGCCUUUCGUUAAUACUAUUAGGAGUAUAAUUUAUUUUUUGCACGCACUGUCCCGCAUCGAAUAGCCUUGCUAGCUGCGGACAGAGCGUCUGUUAUAUAAUCUGCUUAUUAAUAAAGUUUUGUUGUUGUUGGUUUUGCCUGAUUACUUGAAACAGGUUGUGCUAUCAGCUACGCCAAAAUCGGUUGCUUCAAAGAUGACAGAACUAACCCUCGACCAGUACCUGUUCUCGUUUUUACCGAUCGUGAUAACAGUAGUAAUGUAUGGAGUGGUAAGACCAUCGACUGGAACAACUGGGAUACAUACAUAGUUGAUCUGGUUUGCAGAUGUGCAAAUAAGUCAAGGGCAAGGAACUAUUCCCACUUCAGCAUUCAGUAUUACGGUAACUGUCGAGUGAAUAUAGUAUUUUUUAUAAUUUUUAAAAUGAAAUUGUUUUCUGUUUUAUCAUUUUACUCAUUUCCUUAUAAGAGGCUAGAACAUGUACCGAGAUAUGCAGUCCUCAAAGUGUACUACAUACAUCGAUAUUUCGAAUCGACCAUAAUGCACGUUGUCUACUGUUUUGACGUCUCGUUGUGGUCGAAAGUGUUAUAAGGCCCCAUUUAAUUUAUAGUAAUACAUCUUUAAUCCUUCUCCAUCCUAUAUCCUUACCAAUAGAGACCUUUAGAUUCUAAGACAAGAGCGACUAUGAGUUAGAGAUUUAUUUUCUGAAUACUAAGUAGCUCUCGCGCCAGUACCAGCGUCACUUUGCAGCACCUCACUGAACGGCUCACACAAUUGGCUAUGAAAACAAUAGAAACGGUGACAUAACAAUGCCCCCAUCCCUGAAAACAAAAGGCAAUAUUGUUUUAGUCCGACCGCUGAAAUUAGAGGUUCAUGUGAGGUACUGGAGUACUGUCACUUUUGCAGGAAAACCUGAUAGUCGUUGUCUACUACGAGUUUUAACGAGAAUGUCGUAGUGGUGGAACCAAGUUAUCAAAUGAAUGAAUAUGUUAUUUAGAGAUUUUAUCACUUUGUGAUUGUGAGCGGGCUUAACCUCCUACAAUAAAGAUAAUAGUGCCAACUUUUCUGGUGAAGGAAAACAGGACAAUGGAGCUUUCCGGGGUGUCUAUUUUUUGAUGAUAUGCGAAAAAAAUUUCAGUGAAAUCUCGCACUCGUAGUCCUUCUCCUCUGUGAAUCUUAAUGUCUCUAAUGUUGAAUUCGGAGCAAGAUGGGUUCAAAUAAGUUAUUUCAUUGGCACAACAUUGCUGCAGAAAACUGAGGGGAUCAAAGGAUGUAAAAGAUCGUCUAGCUUUAUGAUUCCUUUUAAUAAUUACUUGCAAAAGUUUUCCAGCUCUUAGGGUCCCAAGUUCUUUUUACUACCAAUGCAAUGUAGGCCGAAACUAAUCCUCGUUCCAUCGAAUCGCCCCAUUGUAAGGUAUAUGUAAUUCAAGACAGUCUUCAGUGGAUCAUGUCUGGAUUCCACGCUGUGGAUUACGGAUUGCUGGUUAACUGGAUUCCGGAGUCCCUACCAGUAGAACUUGGAUUCCCUAUUGUUGACUAUCAAACUGAUUAUUAAGUAAUGCUGUCGUGCAUUUCUUCUUAAAGGUGAGUGUUGGUCUGGACCAGAUGCUGCCAAAACCUACGAUAGAGCUGGCCCAUCUAAAAGCUGUCUUACGAAAGGCGUCCUGCAAAAAUGUAAUGUCAGCGAUGAUGUAGAGUGUGUUGGUGAAGCAAACACUAAUUUCGUUUAUGGAAUUAGUUACACAGGUGACUGUCUUUCUUAAUUUUUUGCUACUCAAGAAGAUCAGGGGCACCCAACGACAAUUUUCGGAAAAUAUCUGUUCGGGAGACAAUUUGAGAUCUACAAUUUUCGGAACAUUUGUUGUAAAAUUUCUUGCUUGCCUGCCUCUCCUAGGAUUUUCGAACAUCUAAAAGAUGGUCUAAUUGCCUAUUUUUAACGGAUUUUUACCCUAAAAAGGUCACCUAGAAUUUUCGGGAGCCUUUUCUCUGGCUGAAUUUUCGAAAAGGUAAGUUUUGACCCCUAUAAUUUUCGGAUCACUACACUCUAAAUCAGAAAGAUCUGUUUUAGCCCUAAAAACAGGGCCGUUUCGGUGAGUAAAAUACAGUCCUAUUUUUGGGUCUAAUUUGGCUCCCUUGAAUCAGGGCCAAUACAGUCCAAUUAGCUAGGGCUGAUUUGGUCCCAGGGCUAAAAUGGGCCCUACCGUGGGCUGGAAUAGCCUUUUGAUAGAGCUUUUUUGGCCUAAAUUGUCCUCAAAUGGCUCCAAGAAGAGCUGAAUCAGACUUUGCCCUGCAGGGCUGAAUUGACACUUUGGGUUUGAAACAGAUCUUUUUAAUUUACAGUGUAGACUUUCAGCUAGGAAAUCCGAACAGAUGAAAAAUUUUUAGGGGAUAAACAUAUGCCUACAUCUACCGUUUAAAUACUAAAAUACGUUUAACAAUGCUAUGUUUAAGUGGUUUUGAACUAUAUUCUCGUUGGGUGCCCCUGAAGAUGGCCAAUUCCAACAUAGCAUUUUAUGCCUGCUUAUAUUUACCCUUUAUAUUUACUUCAUAUAUGUUUAUUAAGUAACAGCCAGAAGGAAAAUUCAGCGAGAUUCAUUUCGGUGAAACAGAUUGAUCAGAUUGAUAGACCUUUACCAAAAUAUCCGUUUCUAUCCUGGUAAAUUGUUCUCAGUGAUACGUAAUAGGAAACGUCACGAGCGUCUUGUUAUAAAUGGCACUCUAUCCAAGUAUGAUGCAAUCCGUUUCUCCUGAUCUAAUGCUUAUUCACACCAACUUAAACACGUUUCUGUUUAGGAAAACACAGUGCAAAUUUGUCUCUUUCAUCAAAGGGGCCGUAUGAUUGUUGUCAACUAGAAAUUUGGCACAAACGAAAGCAUAAGUAAAAAUUUGCUUGAAAUCUAUGUAAAAGUAAGUCCUUUAGGUUUCUUCCACUGAUUUUUUUUAUCUUGUUUAACCUGCUUUAACGAAACAUGUUUUGUCGACAUGAAAAGAGCUUAGGAUGGUAGAAAAUAUAGUUUAAAUGUGUUGAUGGGAGUUGCUCUAUACUCUGAGUCAAGUGUAUUACAGUCAAAACUCUUUAACACAGACACCAAAGGGACAGAACCAAGUGUCCGCUUUACAGAGGUGUCCGUAUUAUAGAGGUCGGGAAUGUAUGAUGUUUGGCUUUUCUGGGACCAAACGAACUGUCCGUAAGGAGAUGUUACACUGUAUUGACGUUUCAUUUCCUGCAGCGUACGUCUGUCGCACCUUGUAUUUAUUACAAAAGUUUUCUCACGUUGAUAAUGAUUUUACUUAAUUACGUUCCUUUAAUGAAAUGGGAAUUGAAAUUCAAAAAACUAAAAAAUAUUGAAGAUGCCGAAGAUCUGUAUCUUUUACUUGAGCUCACGCAGCGUGCCUGUUUUUAAGUUAUAGCCGUGAAAAGAAAACGGCGCGUCAUGAGACCCUGGUGCACUUUAUUAAUAAAGUUCUGUAAAAUAUUUCUCAGCGCCGACCACGAUCCCACCCACAACAUUGACGUCAUUAACUCAGAGGCUUUCAUCACCCACAGUAUCUCCAACUCCACCAGGUGGUUAUCUAAUACUCAUUUGCUGCUAUAAUACUGGCCAUGAUAGGCCCAAUAGUAAUUUACAUUGUGCAAAUGCGGAGUUAGCAGCUCCUGAUAGCUGGUGUUCACAAGUGCUUUAACUAUUCAAAACUGUCUUACAGGCUCAACUAUUUCUUUCCUAAUGAACUUACCGUUGCGCACUACUUUCUUUUAAAUUUCAACUCCGAACUUUAUAUAAAUACGAACCUCUAGAUCCAAAUCGCUUCUUUGAAGAGAUUAAGGGAGUACGGAUCCCCGCCCUAUCCCUGACUUUCUCCUGGACCCACCGCUGUUGUGGCCUGACAAAAAAAUGUUUACAUGUACAGUAGACGUAUUCAAUAAGGCAGUUUCUUGGUGCUGAGGAAGGGUGCGACUACCAAAUGACGUAAUACAACAAUACUUACAUCAAAACACAAAAGCGAUCCCACAAUAGUUUCUGCAACACCAAGAAAUACCCAAAUAAUUGGUUUAAAUUUACUUGCAGUCUCCACACCAUUUCCGACAGCAUCAGUUUCAACUCCAGGUGGUGAUGAUGAUGAUGAUGAUGAUGAUGAUGAUGAUGAUGAUGAUGAUGAUGAGGAUGACGGUGAUGAUGGUGAUGACAAUGAUAAUGAUAAUGAUGACGGCGGUGACAACGAAAACGACGACGACGAAGACGAUGAUGAUGGUGGUGGUGAUAAU